AUGCUUCGCGCGUCGUUCCACCUCCCGGCCCUUUCCUCAUCUUCUCCUCCUCCCUUCUUCUGUCAUAAUCUGAGGCGCCUACAUCUCCUGUCAUCGCUGGCCCUCUCAUCGUCCCGGUCCACUCGAGUGUCGCCCGUCUCUCUGCGCCGGUUCUGCGCUUCGUUCAUCCCUCAUUCUUCCGCCGCCCGUUCCCCUCUCUUCGGGCGGACUGCUCAAAUCUCGAUUACGAUGCAACCUUCGCGGUCCAGAGGAAGAGGUGGGAACUUAUUUCUGUUGCGGGAGAAUGUUGGGGUUUUCUUCCGGUCUUCCUCUUCUUUUGAUUUCGUUGGUUGGGGCUCGAUACUCGGAUGAAAGUAUCAUUGGUCCCAUCGAAUUUUUACUUUUCAUCAAUGCCCCUUCUAUCGCCUGGGAUUAGGGUAUCUUUUUGGCGCUCUUACAUUUUUUUUUUUCUUUCCCUUCUCGUAAAUAGUCUUCUGUUUCUGGAUUUGAACAGUUUGCUUCAGUGCUGGGAGCAGCGAUGGAAACGGAAAGGAGAGAUUGGUUCAGCACCUGCUCGUCGGAGAAGCAGACGUUAAGCUUCUGGUCGAGCUUCAGCAGAAGAUUGCAGAAGGUUUCUCUGCUUCCUAUGUCAUCUAGAAAAGAACGAAUCACUGAUUCUAUGAUUUCUCUGCAGCAUAAAAUGAAUGCCUGAAGCACGUCCGAGACAUGAUUUGUCAAAAAUGUUGCUCCGUGAGCUAGCUCUGUUCAAACAUAUUCAGGCAUUUAUUUGCUAGACUAGAAGUAAAAACUCAUUAUAUACAGGCGCUAGAUAAUAAUGACUGUUUGAUGUAUCAUUAUAAAUUUUGAUGUCAAAUCCCCCGUCCUUCAGUCCAGUAAGUUAUUAAUAUGACUAAACACCGCGCUUCAGCUUCAGCAUUUUGAAUAGGAUCAGCUGGUGGACAUUUUUCCAUCUGAAUCCCACUUCCUGUAUUUGGUUGCCUGCCAUUUUAUGCGUGUAAUAACUCAAAUCUGAGAUAUAAAGUGGGUGAUGGAGCUGAAGGAAAUGACACCUGAAUUGGCUCCUUUUUACUUUGCUGGGCACACCCCUUGAUCAAGAGGGAAUCAUCUGAGCUUAAAGUCGGUGUUUACAGCCAAAGUUAAUCGAAGUUUUAAUGAGCAUAAUGGUCACCAUGUCAAAUAAAACUCUCUUUUUCCGCUUGCUUCACUUUCCAUUCUCACCACGAGAUGUCUUCUUUCUGGCCUAAUGCUGUUGGGGACUCUCUCAGGGAUAGACUUGAGCGAUUUGGCUGUUGAAUACUCGAUCUGUCCAUCGAAAGAAAAUGGGGGAAUGCUCGGUUGGGUUCGCAGAGGACAGAUGGUAACUACGUCUUCAUGAACCUAUCUCUUAGAUUAACCUUUCGGUGGGAAUUCAAGGUCAAACCGUUUACGACUUCUUUUCCUGUCUAAUGCACGCUAUCUUAUUUGUUGGGGGUGAUACAUACCCAUGUAUAUGGUAAUCACUAAAUUUUUUUCCACCCUUUAUGGGUCUGUGACUCUGUUCUAGUCCGCUGUUCUUCAAUGUUGCUUCCUUUGGAGAGUUCCAAAGAUGCACGUAAGAAAGCAACGUGUGAAGAUCCCUGGUUAGUUCUGACCAUAUAAUGCUGAUGAUUCUCGUUUUGCAUGUAUCUGCAGACGUUUUUCGGAACUUUAUACAGUGCCAAAUAAAAUACUUCGAGACCCUUAGCAAGGGUUGGUACGGGUGUAAAUGUCUGUAUAGGAAGAACAGAGCACAUGAAGAUGUGAAAUUCCAUGCGCUAAAUCCUUGCUUCUUAGAGAAAUGCUUGGGAAGCUUAAUCCUUCAAGGAUAUCCUAUUUUUAUUGCAUCAAAUUGCUCCUUCAAUCCUACAUAUGAACUCAACAGGAUCGUUGCUAGAUGAUACUUGAAGGAUCCAAAAUUCUGACCGCUGUAUUUUCAUUGAAUUAUUGGGGAGAACAAGGAAUUAAUCCCCAAUCUCUUUUGAUGAAUUGUUUCGCGGAAUGUUGUCAGGUGCCAGAGUUUGAAGAGGUUGUAUUUAGCGCUCCUGCGAAUAAAGUGGUACGAUGUAAGACAAAAUUUGGAUGGCAUCUGGUGCAAGUGAUCUCUGAAAGGUCAAGGGCUCGUGCCUGCCUGCAUUGACCAUGCCUAUCUAUGAUUAUACAUAAAUGCCCACGUCCACCUUUUUUUUUUUUUUUUUGGAUUUCAGGGAUGGAUCUCUCCUCAGAGACAUUGGGCCUGAAGAACUCCAUUCCAAAAUGGAGGAUCCCGAUUUCUUUGAAGAAGCACAGUUGAUAGACGUUAGAGAACCAGAUGAAGUGUAUGCACUAACUUGAUAUACCCAUCUGUUUUCAUCUACGGUUUCUUAUUUCCCAUUGGAAAUGCCACUUGUUCUUGUUCUAUUUAUCUCUGUUGUGCCAGUUAUUAUUGGUUCCCUUUUUCUUUCCAUAUUGCAGAGCUAUAGCUUCCCUCCCAGGUUUCAAGGUCCUCCCCCUCCGCCAAUUCGGAACUUGGGGAUCAGAAAUAACCAACGAUUUUGAUCCGCAGAAGGAUACGUAUGUCCUCGUGAGUCUAAAUCCUCCAUCGCCUGUACUGCUUGUGUAUAUACUCGUUUCUCUCUCUCUUCACACACACACAGACACACUGUUAUGCUGAUAGCUGAUGGGUCUUUUAUGCAUGAACUGUAGUGUCACCAUGGAGUGAGGUCGCUGCAAGUCGCCCAGUGGUUGCAGACGCAGGUAGUCUCCCCAUCUUGAAGCUGCUGACCUUAACUAGAAGGCGACAGAAGAUAGAGACAGAAUUACUCGGAUUAUUCUUUAUUUUCUCUCGGUUUCGUCACUUGGGUUCAUAUGGGACGACGCUUCAUGAGGUCUGCUCUCUUCCUCUUCCUUCCUUUUCAGGGUUUCAAGAGAAUCUUCAACGUGGCGGGAGGGAUCCAUGCGUAUGCUCUGAUGGCCGAUCCGUCUGUCCCCACCUACUGA